UCAUGAAGCAGGGCCAAUGAGCAGUGGCGACAGGGUGAAACCUCUGUGUGUACAGUGAUCCAGAACAUCAGCUGAACUCUGAGUUUUAGCCAUGUCAUUAAUAAUCUUAACAUCUGCGCACAGAUUACGAUCAAUCUGCAGAUUGCAGAGAAUACAAAGACACAUGAUGUCUAGUAAAACUGGGUCUGAAGUUCUGUUUGAGAAAGUUGGAAACGCUGGAGUCAUUACCCUAAACAGACCCAAAGCUCUCAAUGCUCUGAAUCUCACCAUGAUCAGACACAUCUACCCCCAGCUCAAGAAAUGGGACAAAGACUCAGAAACAGAUCUGGUGAUCAUUAAAGGAGCAGGAGAGAAGGCAUUCUGUGCUGGUGGGGAUAUCAGAGCUGUCACAGAAGCUGGAAAGGCAGGCGAUUCCCUGGCUCAAGACUUCUUCCGUGAGGAAUAUAUUCUUAACAACGCUAUUGGUACAUAUCAGAAACCAUAUGUGGCUCUAAUUGAUGGAAUUACAAUGGGAGGAGGUGUGGGUCUUUCAGUUCAUGGACGGUUUCGUGUGGCCACUGAGAAGACACUGUUUGCCAUGCCAGAGACGGGCAUUGGUCUGUUCCCUGAUGUUGGUGGUGGCUACUUCCUGCCUAGACUUCAAGGCAAACUGGGCCUCUUUCUCGCCCUGACCGGGUUCCGCCUGAAAGGGAGAGAUGUUCAGAGGGUCGGGGUGGCUACUCAUUUUGUGCAGUCUGACAAGAUUGCAGCUCUUGAGAAGGAUCUCGUUGAUCUGAAGUCUCCAUCUAACAGUGAUGUGGCCCAACUACUGGAUUCUUAUCAGGAACAGAGUAGUCUGGAUGCUAAGAAACCUUUUGUGCUGCAAGACCAGACAGAGGCCAUUGACAGGCUGUUUUCAGCUGGAAGUGUGGAGGAGAUCAUGGAGAACCUUAAGAAAGAUGGCUCUGCUUUUGCACUCAAACAGACUGAGACUCUGGCCAAAAUGUCUCCAACCUCACUGAAGUUAACUUUCAGGCAGAUUCAGGAAGGAGCGAGAAUGAAUUUGCAAGAGGUGUUGGUGAUGGAGUAUAGACUCAGUCAGGCCUGUAUGAGAGGCCACGAUUUUUAUGAGGGAGUCAGAGCGGUGCUAAUCGAUAAAGACCAAAGUCCAAAGUGGAAACCUUCUACCCUGUCUGGGGUCUCGGAGCAGGCUAUAGAAGAAUGUUUCAGCUCUCUGGGUGAAAGAGAUCUCAAACUGUAAAAACUCCCAUCAAAAAUCCUCUAAAGCAAACGUUCUUCUGAGACUUCUACACAGAUUUGCUGAUGAACAAUGAUUGUUUCUUGAGGAAAUUCAGAGGUUUGGGGAGUUUUCUUUGUGCCACUCUGCUGGGAAAUGGCAUUCAGAGUAAACUAAUAUUUGAGAGCAGCCUAGUCAUAUUUUAAAGGUAAAGUUCAUCCAUAAAUGAAAAUUGUGUCAUUAUUUUCUUACAUUUGCUUUUUUUUAUCGUCUUAAACUUAAGAGGCUCUAUAAAUAUUCCAGUCUUGAGUUCUGCAGAAUAAAAUAACAGCAAACUGGUUAAAAUGACAUUGAGAAAAUAAUGACACAAUUUCCUUUUUUGGGUGAAUGAUAAGACCGUACAAAUUUACAGCACUCUUGUUAGGGUGAAUUUUGUGCUGGGAAUCACAUCUUGCAUAUUUCAUUCUCAAAUGUGUCUUUUUUUCCAUCUAAUCAUUUGUGUAAAUCCUGUGGAUGGAGAAUGGCAGACACACUUUUUGCACGUCCUGCAAUCCGUGAUUAACCCUGACAACCUUAACACAUACCCUGGCCACGAUUCAGUUUGGUGGGAUUAAAGUAUUGUCAUGUGAUGCAUAAUAUGACUGCCAUUAACCACAGUGUUUACUACACAAGCAGAUCCACUGGCCUAGACUAGAGAGUAUCAAGCCUGACAGAAUAAAUCUGAAUGAUUUUGAGACAACCGUGAUGCCUUGAAUUCAAGUUAUUUGUUUCUUCUCUUAACUAUGUGGAUGUUCAUAAAAAGUGUGACCUAUAUUUGUGCAAAAAAACAAACAUAAAAUAAUUGUUUUGUAUCUGUUUUUGGUUUUGAUGGUAGAUAUGGCACAAAAUGUUAGUGUUCCCACAGUGCAUCUCAAUAAAAACAACAGUGUAAAAAAUCUUCUGUAUUCCUUGAAGUAAUUAGCAAAUUGACUGACAGACUCAGCAGCAUGGCAGCAG